GAAUUUUCAAACAAAAAGACAUGGCAAGUAACUGUUAAGCACAGUGCUUUGUUGAAUAGCGUCAGCUUUCUCAGACAACUGGACCCUUGCUUGCCUCACAGGGACGCUGAAGGAAGAGGGCAGCCUAAUUCUGACACAGAAUUUCCAGCACACCUAUGCAGCACACAGGUCUGAGGCGAAACUUCACUUCAAAAUAAAGGAGAGGAAGGAAAAGAAGACAUGAGAUGUUUAAGAAUAAUCAUCAUGACUACAAGGAAAAAGUGGAGGCCAUUAUUAAGAACAUUAACACAGUUUCUUUGGAGGUAAAGAAGAUGAAAGAACUCUCCCAGAUCCUACUCUGUGACCUCAAUCUCCAUUUUGGUCAGUACAAGAAGACAGAGGACCUCAAGGAUGCAGAAAUGAGCCAACCAUUUGAGGAGCCUGAGAUACCAGAUGUAGCCCUUGCUUCUAUCAGUUUAUCUGACUGAAUUUUUUUGUGUGUGUUUGUUUUGAAUUUCUGGUUUUGUUGACUUAAAAAUCUAGAAGAACUAAGUUUAGUAAUAUAACCUAAAACAGUAUAAAGUUAUAAAUAAGCAUAUCAUCUUCCUGAAAGCUGUUUUUCUUAAAUGCCUCAAAGGGAAACUGAUUCCAUUAAUGGUGGAAGUCUGAUGUUGGACAUUGGCCUAUCUGUGUUUGAUGUGCCGUCCUUGCUCUCCCUGCAAUAGACAGGCUUCCUCCAUGUGCUGGGUAGAAGGCAGUAGCAUAGCAGCAGAUAGAUCUGCCUUUGGGGGACUCUAUAAAGGACUGAUUUUCUAUAUCUGAGAGGGACCCUGAAAGGCCUAACUUAGGAAAGAUAUUAAUCUUUGAGUAGAGUGAGCAAUGAGCCCAGCUGGGGGCAUAAGGCCCAUGGCUCAGAUAGGAAAGGCUCUGGCAGAGAAUAGAAUGGAAAUCACAUGCGUUACUAGUCCUGAAAACAGACUCCCGUGAUUGCAGUCAUAGGAGUGUAAGAGAACUCCUUACCCACAAGGUUCAUUUAUCCUUUAUCCUGAGACUCAAAUACGUUCCUUGUUGCUGUGAGGAAGCACCUGGUAAGAAGCAACUUAAGGGAAGAAGGGUUGGUUUUAGCUUAUAUUUUGAGGAGAUAUGGUUGAUCGUGGCAAGGAGGUGAAAGUGGCAGACUGUGAGGCUGCUGGUCACAGUGUGUCCACCACCGUGAAGCACAAAGAGACUGAAAUCUCCGUGCUCCGCACACUCAACCCACAGUUAGGGUGGAUCUUUCCUCCUCCGUUAAAACCUCUCUGAAAACAUCCUCACAGACACCACCUUAUGUGACUCUAAAACCCAGUUGAUAAUUUUAACCAUCAUAACUACGAAGAGAUGAUUUAUGAUCUACCAUGUCCUUAAUUUUCAUCACUUUUAACUGUAAAAAAAGUGUCAUAAAGCAUCUUAUUCUAUCACCGAUCUUAUUCUAUCACAGAGCCUGCAGUAUUCUCUACCUUCUCUCCAGCACCUCGCUCAGUAUAGACACAGUAUAGACACUAUAAAUCCCUGUUGGACAUCCUGUUGUGGAAACAUAACUAAUACAGCAUUUUCAGUUUUAGAGUUUCCAGGUCCUGGAUCCUAAAUUAAGAACUCUGGGUUUGUAAGAGCAAGGUUUUACCAAAUAACAUAAUUGUCACUGGCUAAGCAUUUUCACAUUCUAUCUACUCCUUAGUAUGUCCUCAGUGACCUGGUGACUUCUGAGGUUCCACCCCCAAAAGAGUUGUUCUUUAACACAUGAAAAUAAAAGGACAGAAUAUUCCUUUCCACGUUAAAAUUUUGUAGAUCAAAGAAAUCAAAACUUUUGUCAAUAAAAGUA